GAGCGCGUGGUUUGGACUCUGGUGUUACCACGACCGGGUUUUACGUUUUACUGUCGGUGAAAGCGACGGUACCGUGAAACCGCCGCCAUUUCAGCAGCUCAAGGGAUGUAUGCAAUUGUGGAAUUUAGGCUAACCCAAGAGGUGGAGAUCGUGCCUUACACGUGGGUCACGGGAAACAACUGUUUAUGGCCGAAGGUGUCCACCGAUAAGGCUGUCAAGCUAGUGCGAAAGGGGGGGCCACCAGGACCAGGGUUUUCUGAGUUCGAGGUGACUGUGAAAGGACUAUUCAAUUCCUACGAAGAAGGGCGAUCUAAGUUGGAGCGGUCGCGGUUCACAUCUGAUCUCUCGGACGAGGAGAUACGCCCAAAGCGUAGGAGAUUUCGCCCCACACGCUGGAGCGAGUCCGACUCAAGCUCGGAUGAAUUCCCGGAAGCCCCGAUGCCGCUCUGCGCACGGCAGAACUCGCCCAGUAGCCAGAGACUGGAAUCACAGAGUGCGAGCCCGGCAAGAUCAAUACACAGUGAAAUGUCGCAAGCUGCACUAAUGCGAGGUGCUAGUGGUUCGUCCCAGUCGUCUAGCACUUCGAUAAACACGCUGGCUCCCAGUCCACAAGAUAAAGGUGCCUGUGGUUCGUUCCAGACACCUAAAACGUCAACAAGGACACCGGCUCCCAGUUCACGAAAUAAAGCGCCUGCAGUUGUCUUUAUCUUCGUAGAUGCCAGUGGUUUUUCAACCGCAUCUCAAACAUUGACAAGGAUGUCGGCUCCCAGUCGAUUAGAUCAAGCACUGCAGGCUAUGCAACACAUGACGCCUAGCACCAGUGCUUCGACCUGCGCUGAUCUGCGGGCCACUGCUAGGAUCUUGAGUGCUGCUGAGUUUCAGCGACGGGUGCUGAAUGGGAUGAGCGUCAUGAGGAGCCAGCAGACGGAGAUAAUGGACAUGAUUUCGACAUUGCUACGAGCGCGUGAGAGUUUCGUUGUAGAGCCCAGCCAGCCGAUCCUCGUUGAUCCCCUCGACACUCCUGAAGCAAUUGAGGUGUUUGAUGGCGCUCUUACAGAUGCCACGAGUGAGGCUUUGGUUGUGGAGCUGACCUCCCUUGGGGACCUGUCUAUCAAAACAACUGUAAGGUCUAUGCUUGCACACCUGAUUAGUGACGAAGCUGCAGCCAAGUUCAGCAUGGAUGGGCGCAAAGGGAAGAAGGUUUUCCGUAGCCUUAAGCUGUACAAAUUGAUCUUUGCUGCUAUAAAGCGGACAAAGCACUGCAAAGAGUCUACGAAAAAAGAGGUGGAAACGGAAGUCAAGGAGUGGCUUCGCCGCGCAAAGGAGAGGUGCACCACUUCUAAGGGAGAGUAGGCAUCUACCUUCAAGUGUGAGAAAGGUGCCUCUGCCCUGGUUCUGAUUGCAAAUAAAAAACUAUUUUGCUGUCUAACAUCCUUGUUUCCUUCUAGCUUACGAAACAUAAGGCCAACUGGCAC